UUAUCUCCCCUAUCAUUCAUGUUAUACAAAUCAACACGACUAAACUAAAGUAAGAGAUCUAGAAUCUAGAGUCCAGAUUAGAUCUAAUGACUAGUCCUAGAGUACUGAACUUUUAUUUAAAAAGCCAUUGCUGUUUCUGAUUUCAAUCAGCCAGAUAGAUCUGCAUUGAACAUGAUUGGCAGAAGUAAUUCGUCAUCAUUGGUUGUAAAAGAUUAUACAGUAAUCCAAGUGAAAACCAGUGAACGAAGCCAUGCCAGUCAUUGUCUUUUUGUGAAGGAGCAUGCAUCAGCACAUAACAGAGUGGAGUGGCCCAAAGGAAGAACUCUUAUUGUCUACAAUGUUCCACCCUAUUGUAAAGAGGAAAACAUUAGACUAUUGCUUAAAGACUGUGGAGAAAUCAUGAGGGUUUUUCUUCAGCCCAAAUCAUCCAUAGCUCCAAUGAAAACAGCUAGCUUAAGUAAAACACCUAAGACUGUACAAGUUGCUUAUGUUGUAUUUAAAAAACCAACUGGUGUUAGAAAUGCCUGCAGCUUUUCUUUUGAUACAGUCCAUUUCAUCUGUGACCAGGAAACACCUUUAAGGACAGGGUUAAGAGGCUAUAUUGAAGAUUACAGAAACAUUCCAGAUGUAACUGCAAUGGAAAAAGAAUCUGAGAAAUUUAUGGAUGACUAUUUUAAGACAAAAGAUGAGGAAGAUAAAAAAGAGAAAGAAAAAGCUGGUCAACCUGAUGAAGAAGGUUUUAUCAAAGUGACGCGGCAUGGUAAAAACAAAGGAGGCAAAAGAACAGAGGAUAACCAAAAGAAAGGUCAUGAACACAUUCGUAAGAGAAAUAAGAAAAAUGAGUUGAAGGACUUUUACAGCUUUCAGUUUAGAGAAACUAAAAGAAAACACAUAUUAGAGUUGCAAGCCAAGUUUGAAGAAGACAAAAAAAGAGUUAAAGAAAUGAGACAGGCUAGGAAAUUUAGGCCUUAUUAAUAAACACCCUUCAGUGCAUUG